CUGUUUUGGUCUUGUCCACCGACAAAGAAGACAAAGACCAAAUUACUUCCGCUGUUAGCAAGCCGUCUCAAACAUGGCGGCGGGGCCAAUUUCGGAGCGUAAUCAAGAUGCCACUGUGUAUGUGGGUGGCCUGGACGAGAAGGUCUCCGAACCUCUCCUGUGGGAGCUUUUCCUGCAAGCAGGACCCGUCGUGAACACACACAUGCCCAAAGACAGGGUCACAGGACAGCACCAAGGUUAUGGCUUUGUGGAGUUCCUUAGCGAAGAGGAUGCAGAUUACGCCAUAAAGAUCAUGAACAUGAUAAAGCUUUAUGGAAAGCCUAUACGUGUCAAUAAGGCCUCGGCCCACAACAAGAACCUGGACGUGGGUGCAAACAUCUUCAUCGGUAAUUUGGAUCCAGAGAUCGACGAGAAGCUGCUGUACGACACCUUCAGCGCCUUUGGGGUCAUCCUCCAGACCCCCAAGAUCAUGCGCGACCCCGACACGGGCAACUCCAAGGGCUACGCCUUCAUCAACUUUGCCAGCUUUGACGCCUCGGACGCAGCCAUCGAGGCCAUGAACGGCCAGUAUCUCUGCAACAGGCCCAUCACAGUCUCCUACGCCUUCAAGAAGGACUCCAAGGGCGAGAGGCACGGCUCGGCCGCCGAGAGGCUGCUGGCUGCGCAGAACCCGCUCUCGCAGGCCGACCGGCCGCAUCAGCUGUUUGCCGAUGCCCCGCCGCCACCCUCAGUUCCCACCCCGGUUAUGACGACUCUCGGAACAGGCAUGUCCAUGCAAGGUAUGCCUCCGCCAGGUGCCGUCCCACCUGUUCCUCCACCCUUCUCCAUGCCCCCCGGGAUGCCACCUGGCAUGGGCAUGUCUCACGGAGGCGGCGGACAGGGAGGAGGUCCAGGACAUCAAGGACAUCAAGGACAUCAAGGACAUCAAGGCCAUCAAGGCCAUCAAGGCCAUGUACCCUUCCCCCAUGCCAUGCCCCAGAUGCCCAUGCCUCCCCCUGCUCCUCCGGGCAUGGUGCCUCCACCACCGGGUCCUCCAGGCUCCAACCAGCACAGGGCUCCUCCGCCAGGAAUGCCCCCACCCCACAUGGGCAUGCCUCCCAGAGGGCCGUUCGGCAUGGGACCACCAAUGCCUCCAGGCAUGAGAGGUCCUCCUCCGAUGCCACCUCCAGGCUAUGCGGGUGGCCCUCCCCGGCCUCCUCCAUUCGGCUUCCAGAGGGGUCCCCCGAUGCCCCCACGGCCCCCUGCGCCACCCCGGGGGCCCAUGAGGCCAAUGCCCCCUUAAACCUCAACCGUCAGGAGCAUCAUGUUUUUAUUUUCAUUCCUAGGUUUUUCCAUUUUCAAAAAAGCUUGAUUGUUAUUUUGUAUCUAAUUUUUUUCACUGUUCACUUUCUGAAUGGACAGAGAAUAAAGGUUUUUACUACCA